UGAGAACAGAAAAAUCCAUAACAUUAUGAAAAUGAUAUUUAUUUAGGCGAGAUAGGUUUUCUUGUUAAUGUUAGACCUUUGUUCUGCUUUCUUCUUCACCGCACUGCCACACCUGCAAACUGACUGGCCUGAAUUAAGAUCAUUUGAAUUUUUGUUUCUGCUGUUUCUUAUUUCUUGUAGAAAUAAAGAUACCAUGGUUUGAUGAAGACAGUUUUAAGAUUGCCGCUUGAUCACAACCAGCUAUAGACUCCUCACAGGGGCUUUAAGGUUUGAGGCAAAAUUCUUAAGAUGUCUCCGCUAAGCCGUUGUCUCCUGAGCUUCUGUGUUCUAGGACACUUUUACAACAUUUCCAGGGCUUGGCAUGUAAAGAUGCCGAGUAACAUCAGAGGAAUUUUGGGUUCCUGCCUCGUCAUCCCCUGUAGCUUUGACUACUUUGAGAAUCCGCCUCGCAGACCAGACCGUGUGGUUUGGUACCAGUAUGUGAACCGGGGAUAUCCUUUGGUUUGUGACAACUGGUACCAGAAUGACGUCAUUGACAUCUUCAAAAGGAAAACACGUGUAUUAACUUCUACAUUCGACAAGAAAUGCAGUCUUGAAAUCUACCCAGUAAUGUGGUCUCACCACAGACAGAAGAUCUACCCCUGGGUAGAUCCGGAGAAUGUCGGAAAAAGCACCUAUCGGUUUUAUGAUACAACUGUAACAAUUGAAGUAGUGGACGAGGCAGACAAACCGGAGAUCAUGAUCUUUGGAAGCAUGAAGGUUGGACAGUCAGUGACAGUGCAAUGCACAGUUUAUCACACCUGUCCUACUCGUCCACCCACUCUGAGUCUCAACAUCCCUCUGCUGAACCAUUAUCUUUCUCCUGGCACAUUGUCUGACGGCACAUCCAAGACCACAUUAACAACCACACUGAACAUAGAAAGUGACCGUCAGACUGUGGAGUGCUCUGUGCGAUACAUUAGGGACCUGACUGCUACAGCCUCUAAAACCUUAAAUGCACAAUGCUCCUUUUCACCCUUGACCAUCCAGUCUACAUCAGAGGAAUUGAAUGAGGGACAGGCUAGCAAAAUAACCUGCACAGCCUCAUACACAUGCAAACAUCAAAUCCCAACUCUCACAUGGAACUACGGAAACAUGCCGGCCUCAUCUGACACCCACACCCAUGGACCUGCUCAGUGGAGGACUGUAUCCACGCUGACCUUCACAGCAUCAUCCAAAGACCAUGGAAGAUCUCUGACAUGUUAUGCACGAUCCACUGAGGGACAGUGGCAGGAAGCGAGCAUCACCUUAAGUGUAAAGAGAAACAUGCACUCUCGUGGUUGGUCCCUCACUACCCCUGAGAGGAUCACAGCCAUGAGGGGGUCAUGUAUCAUCAUUCCUUGCAGAUUCACCUACAGUUCCUCUCAGCCUGCUGACCUCCGAGUUAUCUGGUAUUUGUCACAGAGAAAUAGUUACCCACCUGUGUUUGACCAAAGAAAAGAUGUUAUCAGUAAGUUUAGUGGAAGAACCAGCUUGAUUGGAUCUGUGAGAGAGAGGAAUUGUAGUCUAAAGAUCGAUAGGCUGGAGAUGUCCCACAACCAGGACAGACUUUACCCAUGGGUAGACCAGAACCCUAUCACCUCCUACCACACCCUGGGGUUCUCGUUUGAUGACAAAACCACUGAAAUUAUUGUUUUAGAUCAUGCAGAGAAACCGCAGCUAAACAUCAUCGGUAUUCCUCGGGUGGGAGAGCAGAGCAGAGUGUCCUGCAGUGUGCGCCACGCAUGUAUCUCUGCUCCCCCCAAACUCACUCUGAACAAUAUACCUGGACAAAACGUGAUCGUAGACACGCAAGUUUCAGAUGGUGUUUGGGAAAGAAAGGUGGAACGAAUUUGGACUGUGAAAGAAGAGGACCAGAGUGUGACGUGUACUGUUAGCUAUCGUGGUGGUCAGGAAGCUACGAGUGACAUCAAGCUGAAUGUCGAAUGUCCUCACAACAGCAUUUCAAUGAUCAAGCGUCCUGGCAAUGAAACAGAGGGUGUGGCACAGAGUGUCAUUUGUUCUGUUUCCUACAAGUGUAAGAAAAAUACCCCAACCAUCAUGUGGAACUACAAAGACAUGCAGAGCUCCUUACAAACCAACAAAAUCUCCAGUGACACUUAUAAAACAGUGUCAAAUCUAACCUUUAUUGGCUCUCUGAAGGAUGACAAUAACUCUUUGACCUGCACUGCUCAUUUUGUUAAGGGGUUAGGGGAGACUUCAGCCUCUGCAAACAUUCAUAUAAAAAAAUAUGAGCGACCAGUUGAAGAAAUGGAUCCAGAUGAAGAUGGCGCGUCGCAUGUUCUGGCUGCUGACGUCCCAUUCCGAUUCUACGCCCUGACCCGCUCAUGUGUGGUGAUUCCCUGUAGCUUCCAGUACCAGGGGGAUGUUCCCGUCACACGCGGCAUCUGGAUUAAAAAAACAGGGGGAGUUGUCUUCCAUAAUGGUCGCAGUCUUGUGUUGGACCAUUUCAAGGACCGAACCAGAAUAUUAGGGGAUCUGAGUGAGGGAAACUGCUCUCUGGAGAUCGAUGACAUCAAGCCUUUUGACAACGGGCCCUUCUGUUUCCGAGCAGAGAUAGGAAAUGUCAAAUACAAAUUCAACAACAGCUGCGUAUUUAUUGUGAUGAAAGCUUCCCCAGAAAAAACAGUCAUGACUCCAGUUCCAGCAGAAGUUGAUGCCGGUUCAACGAUAACUGUCUCAUGUUCAGUGAAGCACACAUGUCCGUCACAUCCUCCCUUGUUCUCAUGGAGUGUCCCUGACAUCACAAAUAAGGUCACGCACGCAAUGACACAGCAGGGUAUCUGGGAGACGACCUCUACCAUCACUUUCAUGGCUGCAGGGAGAGACGGAGUCAAAAGCCUAACAUGUACUGCCAUCUCCUGGCGGGGCAAUCAACAGGCCAGCACAGUGGAGCUGACUGUGAAGGGAUCAAUGAUGUACCAGUUGAGAGCCUCUCUCCCAGUAGUGAUUCCAGUCUCAGCUCUGGUGUUGAUUUUAAUCAUAAUAGCUACAGUGUUUGGAGUCAUCAUCUGCAGGAGAAGGAAGCACUCUGAUGACCAGCUGAGACCGCCACCUCGACCUGAGAGAAGACAUCAUGAAGGCCUCGAUAGACCAGCAAGACCAGCGACACGGAGAGAAAAGGAUGAGCGUGUCGGAUGGCAAAACGAGAGGAACCCUAGGAAGUCAUUUUGGAGCCGAUUUUCAAGACAACAAAGGGAAACUUCAAACUUCAGUGUCCAAUUUGUAAACAACACAUCCACUGUUAAAUGUGACACUCAAAUCUUCAAACAGCGCUUUCCAUCCCCAGAGAAUAACAGGAGAGCUUAACUCGCUGUAACGCCUGAAGUUGAUCUCUGAUGAUUAGAGCAAAGCAACAUCUUCCCAGGCUGAGAAAUGAAGUCAACAUGAUGAUGACGUGAAAAAAACUGCACUUCCUUUGAGGGGCCACUUGAGGCUUGCUCCAAAAAGAGGAAAAUGUUGUGAACUGUCUCUCAAUGUGAAAACACUUACAUGCUGUCAGUGCACAAGGACAGACAUGGAAUAAGCCUUAAUCGUGCUCCAUCUAAACACACUCUAACCACAUUAUGUUUGUGGGUGUUCUCAUUUUGACAAAAAACUUAUAGAUUUGUUUCUGUCUUAAUGCAAUAUGGACAAAGAACCUUCAAAACACACCUUCAACAAAUGUCACCCCACAGAAACUCUUUGUAAGAAUGGAGACAUUUUGUGAUCCACUUGUCAGCUGAGGACCCUUGUUCAAAAAUCUAAAAUAGUUUAAUAUUCAUAAAAUAAAUGUGCGCCAGGUUUGCUCAUUUGUGUUUCAGUGAAGAAUGAAUCUCCUAAAUAGUGUCUCUGCCAAAAGUCAAGUUCACAGUUACUCUACCAGUCUUGUCUGCUCUUGGCACUGAUUUCUUUAAGCCCACUCUAGGUCAAUGUACUAAACAUUACUAAGGUCCAUCGCAUUGGCAAGUACAUACCCUUCUAAAAAUCGUAUUUCUUUAAAAGGUCCCAAAAACCACCUUAUCAGUCAGAACUACUUAGUUAAUUGUAGAAGAUUCUGUGUUCAUGUUAGCAAUGUUGUUCAUUUUUACUUUUGUUAUAUGUUCUUUUUGUUAUAUGUUCCUGAUUUAAUUCUUGUUUUUAUAUUAAUAUUAUGUUAAUUCUAUCUUGUUUUAUUUUGUUUCUUUUACCUGUUUUUGUCUACUUUUGUCCAUGAAUGAAUAAGUCCUUUUCAUUUGAUCUUUAGGGAGGUCCUAAUAAGCAUGCAGAAAUCCCCCUAGACUUUUCAAAAUGUAAUCUGACCAUCCCAACAAAAAUGCGAACAUUAUAAUCUCUCUUUAUACUUGUUUAAUUUUUUGUUUGAUACAGUGAUAUUUGUAACUAUUUCUGCUGUAAAGUCUUAAUCUAAAACUGUAUUUAAAUAGGCCUAAGUGAACACAGAAUUCAUCGCACUGCUGAGGACUAAAUAAAAACUAGUGUCUUCUGAUUA